GUUUCACCCACAACCUAUCGUCCUACCCGUACCUCUGCUACCCCACAAUUAACAGCUGCCCAGGAAAGGGAGCGCCGCCUAAUGCACGUCUUAGCAGCAAGGCGAAGUGCUCUACAUAGGCCAGGAUUUCGCAAUCGUAUAGGAACUACAGGACGUACAGCCACCGCUGUAGAGACCACAUCGAAAUCACCCACCGAUCCUCGUUCGAUUUGCAUAAGAAAUUGUACGAAAAAUUUUACCAGACGAACGACAGCCAGUUGCAUGCGUCAAUGUGCCAAUUUCUCACGUGUGGCAAAUCAACCCAAUUUGUCGAGUAGUGUUGGUGCUGGUGGCGGCGCCAGUGUGGUCAUGGUAAAGAGUUCCUCUAAAACUGGAACUGGUACCGCGCAGGCUGGAGAAAAGGAUACCAAUGAGAUUCUAUUCACCGAUGAGUCAUCUCAUGGCCUGCUGGUCAUUGCCAAGGAGCAGAAUGACACUGUAAACCAUAUCACAGAUGAGGUCAACAAGGGCUUGGGGGGAGCGGCCAGCAAGUUGAGGGGAAGACGUAAACCCGGCACAACAGCCACAGUGGCCACCACCUCCAUAGAGGAUGAUGAGAUACAGCCCUAUUUGUAUUUUGGACAAAAAUUGCCACCUUUAAAGCCCAACUCUUUGACCAUAACCUCGGUGAGUGAUGAACAUCCUAAAUUAUUGGAGGUGUCGGUGGCUGAAGAUGUGCCCUCUUCCACAACGCCAGUACCAUUGGCUUCCACUUUGUCGGCAGUGGAGCGAAGCCGUUCUAGGUUUAAAUACAACAUGCGAGGUGGGGUUAGUUUUAAUCGCCGUUAUACCACCUUGCACAGAGGCACUACCCCCGAAGUUCCCACCGAAGUGAGGACCACAACUUUGCGAAUAGUCACAGAACAGCAGGGAAAAUUGGCCCAAGCCAAGAAUAAAUCGGAGAUAAUAACUGAGACACCAGUUUUGAAAGAAGUGAAAGUGCCUGUGCAAGAAAUGUUGGCCAGAGAGGUUCUUAAGGCGGAUGAGGAGCCCUUGCCCUUGGUAUCACCCACACCUUUGAUUAUCACAGUGCUGAGUGAUGAAGAAAUGGCUUCACCCAUUUCAGAAUCCACAACAGCAAGUGCAGCAGCCACAAGUAAAUCGUCACCAUCAUCAUCAUCGACAAGCGAGAGAGUGACAACAACAAGCAGCACUAGCACAACAACCAUACCCACAACCACUACCACCACGACGACAACAAGCAGCACCACACCCAGAACCACCUUGGCUAGCAGCACACAAACUCAGAGAAAAUAUUUGGACUAUAUACCCAAAACAACACCAAGGACCACUACAACGACGACGAGUUUUACAACUUCAUCAUCAUCAUCAUCAUCAUCGACAACAACGACAACAACAUUGAGACCUACAACAACUACCACUACAAGUACAUCGCCGCCUUUGAUCACUUCCCCCCCUGCCACAUCUACAACAGCCACCAGCAAAAAACCAAAUAUCAUAGAAGAGGACACUGAACUUCUCAGGGCUUUGGGUCCCAGUCUAACGCAACCCAUUAACACCGAUGAUCGUACCAAUCUCAUAAUUUUUGUCAAUCACACUUCGGGCGUAUACAGAGGCUCUUUGGGAGCCCCAAGCACUACUACCACCACUAUGAAGCCUGUGAUAGCGGAUCUUUUACCCAUCAGCACUGCAAGACCCUUAAGGUCCAGCACCUUAAAUCCCUUAAACAAAGAGGCCGAUGGUACAACAAGCCCAAAUGAGCCUUCCAACUCCACCAAUAGGCCCAAUCAAGUGACGGGAGAAAUUUCCUCUAGCGUGGUUACCGAUGAACAGGAGAUAUCCUUAGAAAUGCAUCGCAUGAAUAUUGUGACCAUGGUCUUGGCUGGCAUAGGCAUAGUGCCCCUCUUGGCCAUUAUUAUGUACCUGCUGAGAAAUUAUCUACUCAAACGACCCAUAAAGGAUGAUGAGGACUUUGAUGUUUGCAUAACAGAUCAACAGCCCAUUAGUCCGGUCAAGAAAUUGGAAUCGAAAUAUCAAGAAGAAGAGGAAGAUGUGGUGGACCAUCACAAGAAAUUGCCCCAGCGUCAGCAUAGUCUGCACAGCAAGCUGGUGAUACCACCUCCCCUUCCCCCACCCCGAGAGAACAGCCAGCACAAUCAUUCUCAACAACAGCAGCGUUAUGAUGACAAGAGUUCCAUAACAAGUGAUCAGGAAUUCGAUCGCUCCAAUAUCCGCCUGAAAAGCCUGCUGGGUGAGGGUAAUUUUGGCCAGGUUUGGAAGGCCGAGGCUGAUGAUUUGAGUGGACAUUUUGGGGCCACUCGCAUUGUGGCUGUUAAAACCAUUAAGGCCUGCAGCACCCAGCUAAGUCUUAAGGAUGAGGGUAACAUUAUGCGUAAAUUGGGUUCGCAUCCCAAUGUGGUGACUCUGUUGGGAGCCUGCAUCGAAAGUGAGCCUCAUAUGUUGAUCAUGGAAUAUGCCAUGCGUGGCCGUCUGUUGUCUUUGUUGAGAGCUGCCCGAAAUGCUACAAAUAUAUUGCCCGCCUCAGUGCCCGGUGGCCGUAGUUUGGCUCCCUUGUCGCCAAGAACUUUAGCUGGCUUUUGCUUGGAUAUAGCCUGCGGUAUGGAGUACAUUGCCGAAAAGAGAAUUGUUCAUCGUGAUCUGGCAGCCCGCAAUGUUCUACUCGAUCAUAACGGUGUCUGUAAAAUCUGUGAUUUCGGCAUGUCCAUAGAUUUGGAUGCAGAGCGUAAACGCAAGGAACAGGAAAAGAAUUGUGCCAAUGAGAUAAUGCGCAGCAACUUUAAUAAAUUCAAAUUUGAUUUUGGUGGCAAAUUCAUAAUGAAUCAUUGGCCAGCGGGAAGUCCACACAAGGAGGGCGGUGGUGGUUGCAGUGAGAAAAAGGGUCAAGAUACCAUAGGCAAGAGGCCAGCAUUGCCCAUACGAUGGAUGGCGCCUGAGUCGCUGCAGUACAAUAUGUUUAGCAUGGAAACGGAUAUAUGGGCAUUUGGUAUAGUGCUAUGGGAAAUAGCCACAUUGGGUUCUACUCCUUACUCGCAUUUGACGGGUCGCGAAGUUAUACGCCGUGUGCCACAGGGUUUGAGGCCAGAUCUGCCCAAGGAAGGCCGCCAUGAGUUCUACAAUUUAAUGUCACGCUGCUGGCACAAGGAUCCCCAAAUGCGUCCUAGUUUUAGCCAAUGCCGUUUGGAAAUUACUCGUUCCCUACACAAAUGGGUGGACGAUGACUCCGCUGCCUCUGAUUAUAUGGAUGUCAGUGGCUUCAGUGAGGAUCUGGAACAGGGCAUGGUCUACUUUAACCACCGCAUAUCUGAAUUUGAAUGUGAAAUUUGACAUUAGGUUAUAGCGAGUGCCAGACUCCUCUCCCCAUUUAGCAUCCCUUGUCCACCUCCUUCUUCCAUCAUCACUAAGUGCUCGUAGCAGUAUUAUUAUUGUCGUUUUGUUUCUUUUUUCUUAACAGUUCUCUCUCAUACAAGUGCUAAGAAUGGUGCUUUUUCAUCAGUGAGAAGAGAUGAAGAUGAUGAUCUUCCGGAAUAUUUUGCAAAUAUUUCGCAUUUGUUUUUAAGCGAGUUCAUGCGUUCAUUGUACAUAUUAGAAUAAAUUUUUGCAAAUUGUAUAUUUUUAAGUUAUUUCUUAGAAUAGCUCUAGAGUUAAUGAUAACAAAACUCUAUGCCUUAUUUUCAAUCUGUUUUAGGUUUCUAGUCUAUUUUUUCUUUGGAUAUUUUAAAAAUGAUUUGGAUGACUAUGGCCAAGAGUUAAUCAAAAGGAUUGGGAGAAGUAUUCAAGGGGAUUCAAGAUGUUUUUUAAAUGCCUUCCCUCUUGAUUUACUUGUCUUUUGCCUAAUCUCUUCAAAAUUUCUAUUGGCUUUUCUCACCUCUGCCCCCUUUUCUGUGUACAUUUCAAAUUUGUUUCCAUUAUUUUUGUAGUUAGGUAUUAUUAUGCACAUUCCAUUUAUGUUAUCAAGUUUUUUUUUUUUUGUUUGAUUUUUAUUUUCUCCCACUUUAGUUUGUAUAUACUCUAUUGUGUAUUGUAAAUAUAUAUAAAAUAUGUUUUUUUUUAGCAAAACAAACCUCUUUUUCGACAUCACCUUGUAUCUACCGAUUUUUGUUUUUUCUUCUCUUAUUUAGGACUUAAUGCAAAUUGAAUUUAUUUAUAAAAUUUUAAACCAAGAAAAUUGUUUAU